CCUUCCCCGGGCACGGAUGCGACCGUGCUGUACCACUGGCCACCAAAGGUAUUUGAUCUCGGCUGCGGCCGUGAUUUUUGAUAGGGGUAAAGUAUGGAGUUUGCAUACACUCCGGAACAAGAAACUUUACGGAAAGACGUACAGACUUUCAUUCAGGAAAACGUCACCUACGAAGUUCGUCAGGAAAUUGAGGAAUUGGGCAUCCGCCACCGUGGCCCUAAAGUUCGCGAAAUGUAUCGCCAGCUUGGGGAAAGAGGGUGGGUCGGCAUUAGCUGGCCGAAGGAAUACGGCGGUCAGAACGGAAGUCGUAUCGACCAGUAUAUUGUUGAGGAAGAAUUUGCCCGGGCCGGUAUCACUGUCGGAGGCGCCGGUAGCGGUGCUCCCGCCAUCCUGGCCGCUGGCACCGAAGAGCAGAAGCAGUAUUACCUUCCCGGUAUGAUCCGGGGCGAAAUCUCCUUUGCCCUGGGUUUUCACUGAACCGCAGGCUGGCGCGGACCUGGCAAGCCUGCAAUGUCGCGCUGUGCGGGAUGGCGAUGAGUACGUAAUCAACGGCCAAAAGAUGUUCACCACCGCAGCCCACUAUGCCAGCCAUAUUUACCUGAUGGCUCGGACCGACCCUGAUGCCCCCAAGCACCGGGGCAUAUCUAUUUUCGUCUUUUCCAUGGAUACCCCGGGAAUAACCGUUCGGCCCCUUUGGACUAUCCAGAACGACCCGCCGGCCCCGGCAGGAACAACCUACGGAGACAACCGCACCAACGAGGUCUUCUUUGAGGACGUCCGGGUCCCCGCAUCCUGCCUGCUGGGCGAAGAAAAUAUGGGUUGGUACGUUGGUGCCAUGGGCCUGAAUCUCGACCGGGUGGGCGCCAGUCGCUACCUGAUUUCGGUGCGGCGUGACGAGGAUAUAGUUAACUUUGUUAAGGGGAACGAACUGGGCGGGCUUGACCUGGCCGAGGACUCAUCAGUCCGAGACCGGAUCGCUGAGCUUUGGAUAGAGGCCCAGGUAUGCCGCCUGAUGACCAUGCGCAGCAUGUCGCUGGUGGAGCAGGGCGGAAAUUUCACCUACGAGGGUUCAGCGGAGAAGGUAUUCGCCCCAGAGCACGGCGUGAAAACCACUGAAACAAUUUCGCAAAUCCUCGGGCCCUAUGCUCAGUUGCUGAACGGCUCUGAAGAUGCCAUCGAGGAGGGCGUAUUCGCCCACAACCUGAUGGGCGCUUUCCAGUCCGGCAUUAACCACGGCAGCACCCAGGUCAUGCGGGACCAGAUUGCCCGGCGUGGCCUGGGGAUGCCCAGAGGUUAG